GAGCGGAGUGCAUUCGCGAACUCUUGAUCGACUGCACCAUCUACGAUGGCCGACAGUCGAAGAUUGCGAUAUUUCGGUUGUGGUUACUUUAAUUUAUCGACAAAAAUGUAAUGCCUCUACUUUUAAUUGGCCAUGUUACCUUCGCACGCGGCACGAUAAUCACGAUUUGCUCACGUUUAUGUUGCUCCUAUAAGUACCCGCGCGUGCGUUCACUCGAGAUCCCCGAUCCGACAUCGACGCGAAGAUGUCUUCCAAGAGCGAAUUGAAAAAGUUAUCGGAGGAAAGUUUAACAAGGCAACCGGAAGAAGUGUUCGACAUUAUAUGCAAGUUGGGAGAAGGGUCAUAUGGAUCAGUUUACAAAGCUUUGCACAAGGAGAGCGGUCAGGUACUCGCCAUCAAACAGGUACCAGUUGACACGGACCUACAGGAGAUCAUUAAGGAAAUAUCGAUCAUGCAGCAGUGUGACUCUCCAUACGUUGUCAAGUAUUAUGGAAGUUACUUUAAGAAUACAGAUCUAUGGAUCGUGAUGGAGUAUUGUGGAGCUGGCUCCGUCAGCGAUAUCAUGAGGCUAAGGAAGAAGACGCUUCAGGAGGAUGAGAUCGCGACGAUUCUCAGCGACACCCUCAAAGGACUGGAAUACCUGCACCUGAGAAGAAAGAUUCACAGAGACAUCAAGGCUGGAAAUAUCCUUCUGAAUAACGAGGGCCACGCGAAAUUGGCCGAUUUCGGUGUGGCGGGUCAAUUAACGGAUACCAUGGCGAAACGUAACACGGUCAUCGGUACACCAUUCUGGAUGGCACCCGAGGUCAUACAAGAGAUCGGCUACGACUGCGUGGCCGACAUAUGGUCCCUGGGUAUAACGGCCCUGGAGAUGGCUGAGGGCAAACCACCGUAUGGGGACAUACAUCCGAUGAGGGCGAUAUUCAUGAUCCCGACUAAACCGCCGCCCAGUUUUAGGGAGCCCGAUCAGUGGAGUCCAGAAUUUAUCGAUUUUGUCAGUGGGUGCCUUGUAAAAAAUCCCGAAGAGAGAGCCACUGCGACGGAGCUUCUGCAGCACGAGUUCAUAGGUAAUGCCAAACAGCCGAGUAUCCUGAGCCAAAUGAUCGCCGAGGCCCACGAGAUACGAGAGAAGCAGAGUGUGCAUCGAGCGCACGUGAUAAACAACGUGGCGAUUAAAGCGCAAAAUCAGGCGGACGAUUCGGACGAGGACGAUUGCAGCGGAACCAUGAAACCGUUACCGGAGGACAGCAGGACGCUGGUGCCGAGUCACGAUCUUCCCGACACGGGUACUUUAGUCUCGGCAGUGUUGGACCUGGGUACUAUGGUCAUUAAUAGCGACACGGAUACCGAAGCUACCAUGAAAAGACACAACACUGGCUCCGUGGAAUCUGGCAAGAAGUAUCGACCGCUAUUCUUGGAUCAUUUCGACAAGAAGGAAGCGCCCGAAAUUGGCAAGGGUAACGCACAGUUGUUGGGCGCGCAAAAUUCGGAGAACGCAAAGUCGGAGCUGCUGAGUCCAAGCGAAUCUCAAAGGUUUCAAAGCCACCUGCAGCUGCAGCUGCAGAACCAGAUAUCUCAUCCUGUGCUGGAACAGCCGCGCAACAAUAUAUCAAAGUUCCAGAAUGUCUUCACCGAGCGUGAUUUCGAUUUUAGAAACAACCCUGUCCUGCAGCUGAAGUUUCUCUCCUACGAGGAACUGCAGCAACGAAUGGCUAGUCUGGACGCGGAGAUGGAGCGGGAGAUCGACGAGCUGAGAAAGAGGUAUCAGACCAAGCGACAGCCCAUCCUCGACGCAAUGGACACCAAGCGGAAGCGCCAACAAAACUUUUAACGGUUUGGUUUCCUUCUCUACGCGACGUAGUCAUCACGACAGAGAGAUAGGGACAAAGGGUACAGUUGUACAGUUGUAUAAAUGGAUAGAUUCUAUUCGCGUCAUCCCUGAUUCCAUUAAAGAGAAGAACAUUGCUCGCACCACACAUCAUCCCGUCGACUCACAAGCGCGCGACGUGACUUUACACACGGUCCCUUCUUUCAUCCCUUCAUCGAGCUAUCAGAUUACAAUGUUGCUUUUCUUUUUGCGAAUCCGGGAUGUCUAGUAGCUAUAAUAGCCGAUAGCCUCACGUCACCAGUGUAAAUUAUUUUUACGUGAUUUAGGUCAAGAUACAAUCACUAUACUUA